AUGCCAUUUUCUCUUCUCUCCAUUCUUUUCUCUCUCCAGGCAUCAGAUCCCAUCCCAGCCAAGAAGUCUAAACAUGAAGACUUCCCAUCGCUGCCCCUGUCCGCUGAGAAAGAGAAGCAACCCGAUUGGCUAAGAUCCCUCUCGUCUUCGGACAAUAAGGGGCUCAACUGCAUCCAGCCCAGACAGAGACCCUCAGCUUUCAGGCCCUGGUCCCCUAACCUCUCGGCUGGGGACAAAGAGACGCCCAACCGCCCUCUGGCUACACUGAGAGACAGGUGAGCACAACAUACUCACAACAACAAACAACAACAAGCUACCCUGAAGAAACACACGUCAACAUAGUACACCAAGCGUAUGCUUUAAACACACGUCAAUCAUCCAAGCCUCUAAACAGGGGUGUCAAACACCGCAAGGGGGUCCAAUCCGGCCCGUGGGUGGUUAGAGUAAAAAUACUUUAAAAUGACUCAAUAUGCUUUAAAAUGACUACAACCAAAUCGAAACUGUGUAGAAAUAAUAAUGGAACAAUAUUCAUACAGUUUCUUGACUGUCCAACUUGCUAGUCCCCUGUAGCUCAGUUGGUAGAGCAUGGCGCUUGCAACGCCAGGGUUGUGGGUUUGUUUCCCAUGGGGGGCCAGUAUGAAAAUGUAUGCACUCACUAACUGUAAGUCGCUCUGGAUAAGAGCGUCUGCUAAAUGACUAAAAAUGUAAAAAAAAUGCUAAUAAUCACUGUGCACAGUCAAUGGACCUACAUUCAUACAGUUUCUUGACUGUCCAGCUUGCUAAUAAAGACAGUCAGGGAGCAUUAAAAAAAAACAUGGAUAGAGGGACAAUUUCUUGCAAGUUUUGACAGCAAGGAAAUGUAACCAAUUUUCGGUGAAGAUCAAAUGCGGCCCCCGGGACAAAAUGAGUUCGACACCCCUGCUCUAAAACAAUGACAAAACACCACUGUUUAAAAGCAGCAACAGUUUGGUUGUUUUGAGAGCACAGCCAUGUCAGCCAUUUUGGAUGGGAAUUUUGUUCCCAUGUAAUGGAUGUGCUCCCUCACUAUCAGGAGGGCCCACCGGCUUGUCUGGGUGGGCUGAGGUCAGGGGGUAGUGCUGACUGUACCGCCGCCUCCCACACGGCACCACUCACACACACUCAACCGUGUGCACCCACUCGGAGUGAAUCACCACACACACAUAAGCACAUAAUACACACAUUACAUUCACACAUGUGCGCAGGCACACACACUUAAUCUAUUCAAUCUUUCAGUUGGUAGGCGUGAAUAUCUAACAGACUAUUACGUGUGGCUGUUGAUCUCCCUGAUCGAGCAAAGCCCAUUUCGGAUUCUGAAAUAAAGUAUCGCGCAUGCUCAUUGUUAGCUCACUGUCAGAGCAUCCGCAAUAUUCUAGAUUCUUUCCCCGUAAUCCAACCAAAGACACCUAAAAACCAACCACCUCUCACAUCCUCCUCUCUCUUUCCGUCUCUCCCUCUUAGCUUCUACAAAUUCAAGACGAUGGAGAGCGCCGUGUCCCCAAACGUGGCCCUCACACCCCUGUCCCUGACAAAGGCAGGGCCCCUGUCCCCGUCCGUGCCCAGCAACUUCCACCCCAGCGCCGGGGAGGCCCCAGGAGAGGGGGCCAGCCCCAUCUCCAGGCCCCGGAAGAGGAUGGCCACCGGGGAGCUCCCGCACCCAGGCCCUGAGCCCCCAUCGGCAGCAGCCAGCAAGCCCCCACCCCAGGAGGACAAGGACUCGGAAGUUGAGAUCGAGGUGGAGAGCCGAGAGGAAUGUGAGUAUCCCAGAAACAUGGCAUGUUUGAAGUGAAAGAUUAAAGAUUGUCAACAGCCGAAAACCUUUGACUCUGACUCAAAACGUAACAUUACUCUCUCUCUAUCCUCUCCUUCCCCAGUCACUUCGUCCCUGUCCUCCCUCUCCUCCCCAUCCUUCACCACCUCCAGCUCGGCUAAGGACCUGAGCUCGCCCGGCGCACAGGGCCUAAUGUGUACGUUGGCGUCAGCUGUGUUGACCCCUGAGGGUGGCCCUCUCGCUGGGGUAGCGGCAGCAGCAGUGGCGGUAGUGUUGGCCCCUGAUGUCCCCGGGGCCGGGGGUCUUGAGUCGGAGCUGGAGACCCUGAGGCAGGCGCUGGACAGCGGGCUGGACUCCAAGGAGUCUAAGGAGAAGUUUCUGCAUGAGAUUGUCAAGAUGAGGGUGAAGCAGGAGGAGAAGCUUGGCUCAGCUCUGCAGGCCAAACGCAGCCUCCAACAGGUACAGAGACCCAUUAAUCAACUAUCCUAUACCACAAUUCACGUACACUGAGUGUACAAAACAUUAGGAACACCUUCCUAAUAUUGAGUUGCACCCCCCCUUUUGCCCUCAGCCUCAAUUCGUCGGGGCAUGGACUACAAGGUGUCGAAAGCAUUCCACAGGGAUGCUGGCCCAUGUUGACUCCAAUGCGUCCCACAGUGACUGUAAGUCGCUUUGAAUAAAAGCGUCUGCUAAAUGGCAUAUUAUUAUUAUUAUUAUUAAGUUGGCUGGAUGGCCUUUGGGUGGUGGACCAUUCUUGAUACACACGGGAAACUGUUGAGCGUGGAAAACCCAGCAGCAUUGCAGUUCUUGACACACUCAUACCAGUGCACCUGGUACCAACUACCUACCAUACCCCGUUCAAAGACACUUCAAUCUUUUGUCUCGCCCAUUCACCCGGUGAAUGUCACACAUACACAAUCCAUGUCUCAAUUGUUAAAUUGCUUUAAAAUCCUUCUUUAACCUGUCUCCUCCCCUUCAUCUACACUGAUUGAAGUGGAUUUAAUAAGUGACAUCUAUAAGGGAUCAUAGCUUUCACCUGGAUUCACCUGGCCAGUCUAUGUCAUGGAAAGAGCAGGUGUUCCUGAUGUUUUGUACACUCAGUGUAUAUUUAAUAAAAUAUCCAUAAAUAUGUGAUGGAGACUUGGCUAAGAUCUGACAACUCCCAGAGCUAAUGCCUAGGUUUUAGCCCUAUUCUUGCUUAUGCCAGUGUGUCUUAGUUUCCUCAAACUCUAUGUGCCAGACAGAGGGCAAAAUGUUAAGAACUCAGAUGACUAGAGGCUUACACCAUGACUUGGCAAACAAUGUUGAAAUAGAUGUCGCUGCAAAAGCAGUCGGGGCAGACUUCCAUUUAUAUUUUGGUAUUGGAAAGGAACAAAGAACUAGAUUUCUUUUUAACAAGCGACAACUGUGUGUGUGAAGCUACACAACAUGCAUCCUCCGAGACAUAACAUUCUAGAAUGACUGCAUUCCACUCAGCUUACGUUGUCUUUGUCUGAGGAUAGAGAUGAGAAACACAAACAAAACAAACACGACAAUUUAAACGUCCCAGUUUAACACAGCAGCCAAUUGCAGCACUCACUUUUGUUCAAAGGUUCCACUUAAUUGACCAAAUAGGACAUUUUGUAAAUUGAGCAAGUAGAACGGGGGAUUGUUUUUCUGUCCUUUUCAUCAUACUUUUACGAGGUAGCUAACAAAGCUCGACAACAGACGUGCUUGUCCUGGCAGUUAGGUUCCCAUGAGAAGGGUGUUUUUAUAUACACACACAUAUAUACACACAAAGAGAGAGAAAUCUCUUAGUCUCUCAGUUUCAAAGAGGAAGGAAACUCACAUCUGUUCGCCCUCUCAUCUCCUUAACCCUUCACUCAGACGACCUCACCCAUCCCUAUAGUAAACACUGUGGGAUGUGGUGUAUUGAAAUAGGAAUUCUUAGUACAUGUACAGUAUAUGGAGGAAAGUUCUAUUUGGUGACCUUCCUAUGAAUGUAUAAGUAGCUAGCCUACAUGUUCUUAACUUUGCAUUCCUUGACUGAAACCACUUGACUUGUUCAACUAUGUCUUAUAACACAGUACAUUGUGCAGUAAAUGUUUUCAACAGACUUAAUGUUACAUUAAACUUGCAUUGUUAGUUUGGAUGAGCUUUCAUAGCAUUAAACUCUUUUAUAAAAGUUAUCUCUUUAUCUGUUUUCCGGGAGUUUGCUAUGAGUUUCAGAGGGUUCAAAGUUCAACAGGGUUUCCUCAGGCUCAAUGUCAACAGCUAGCUUGUUAUUUGGUUUAGUGUCCUUGACUACAUUUAAUGACAACUCUUCCUCUGUAGGCUAAUGCUAAUUAGCUUUUGCUAACCUGUACUCGCUAAUGGUAACUCAGUAAUGCUAUUGCUAGUUAGCCCGUCCUAAUGUUUACGUCAACUUUGUCCCAUAGGAGUUGGAGUUCCUGCGGGUGGCUAAGAAAGAGAAGCUCAGGGAGGCCACGGAGGCCAAGAGGAACCUGAGGAAGGAGAUUGAGCGCCUGCGCGCCGAGAGCGAGAAGAAGAUGAAGGAGGCUAACGAGUCGCGCAUGCGUCUGAAGAGGGAGCUGGAGCAGGCCCGGCAGCUCCGAGUGUGCGACAAGGGCUGCGAGGUGGGCCGCCUGCGCGCCAAGUACUCGGCACAGGUGAGGACACACACACACAAUAGGCUACUCAAACCCAGACAGAGAAGAGGCCAUAGUCAAAGUGUCUGUAGUCUGAGUCCGAUUACAUAAACACUCCGAACGGAGGCUAGCCCUCAAAGUAAUUGCAGCAUUUCUGUCUAACACCAAGGUUAAGCGUUCUCAUUGUCAAUGGGGUAAGAAAAAACAGUUCCUUCUACUUGUCGAAAACAAAUGGGUGUAACCCAAAGAGCACAGACGCGAGAUAAGUGCUAGCCCAAAGAGGAAACAGGAAGAGACUCUUAAGCAUCAUGGGAAAUGUAGAUUAGACAAAACAAAAGAGAAGUACACUGGCCUCGAGUCCUAGUUUCUCUAAAAAUAGCAAUUUGCUUUCUAGCCCUUUCUUAAAAGCCUUUACUUGAAUGAAUGUUUAUAGUGUUUGUGGGAUUUGGAGAGACAGCUAAGUUAGGUCUGUGUCGCUAGUUCACUGUUGUUCACUGUUGUGUGUCUGGGUCUGGAAGUGGAGGGGCUUAGAGGUUUGCAGAGGCGGGGGGAAGGAUGUGGCUAUGGCGUCUUGCUGUCACACUAGCUGUGUGUGUGUGUGUGUGUGUGUGUGUGUGAUUUAAGUUUUAAGAGUUAAAGAGAUGAUAUUAGGUAGUAAACAAACAAAAAAAUAGACACUAAGCAGGUAUAUUGUCUGGUUCCUCAGCUCAACCCUUCAUGGUGUUUAUUUUUGUUCCAGAUCGAGGACUUGCAGAUGAAGCUCCAGCAUGCUGAGGCGGACCGCGAGCAGCUUCGGGCAGAACUAUUGCAGGAGCGGGAGGCCAGGGAGCACCUGGAGAGAGUGGUCAAGGAGUUGCAGCAGCAGCUGUGGCCCAAGGAGCAGGACACGCCAACCAAGGACACCCCCGCCAACAACUAGCCCCUCCCACCAUCAACCCCCUUCCAAUCCCCCACCAUCAGCACCCCAAAACAAAACUACGCCCUCCCCAACCAACCCAACCAGAGAGACUGAGAUGACAGAGACAAAAUAGAGAAAAGCAGAUAUAUCGAACCUCUAUAUGUGCGCGUAUCCAUCGUCACAAAAAUUGUAUGAGUGCUUGGGUGCAUCCUUGGAGCGAGAAACAAAGCAAGUCAAACUCUGUAUUUGUACAUGGACAAAGGAAAUAUGUGUUACUAGGACAAGCACUGAAACGCACCUCUCCUCCAAAAACUGAAAAUUUGAUCGGAAGAAGAAGAAAGAAAUAUAGCACAAAAUAUGGUUGUGCAUGUAUUUUCUCUGAGACAAAAAAUUGUGAACAUUUUGGAUACAGACUUUUCUAUGAUGAAAAACUAAAAAAAUAUGAUAAUAAUAAAAGAUAUUAGACUGGCCUGUUUAGAAAAAACAUGGAGGGCUGUAAAAACUGCAGACGAGCCGAGCAGGCGGACUGGACUCUGCCCACGUGCCCCAGCAGGACUUCUGCUCCGUUUCCCGUGAAGAAGUUAAAUAAUUUUAUGACUUUAUAAGCUAUUUAAGAGACUGCAUAGCGAUAUAAAAAAAAAUAUUUUAAAAAAAUCUUUGAUUCUUUGUUCUAUCGGAGCUUAAAAAAAAAUAUUUACAAAAUAUAUUAACAGACAACAAGCAAGAUAAACUACCACCAGUGCCACCAUGGUUCGUCGGUGUGUAGAGGAGGCCAUUGUAAUCCAUUGAGGAAAAGUAUGAAAAGUUUGAUCUUUUUUUUCUUCUUUUUUUUUACUAUUCCAAAAAUACAUAAUAAAGUUUACUAUGGAAGAGAUGAGGAGGAUUGCAUUGGACUAGAUCUUUUAUCUCUUUGAAACUUAUAAAGAACUUAUAAAGAUAAACUUUGUGAUGAAUUUGUAUCUGGGUGC